CAGCAUGAAAUGCUGGAAAAAGGAAAGGAUAACAAACGUAACAAGUAUGAGCUUGAUUGGUCAUGUUCUUCCUCCACAUCUUUCAACCUCCAAAAUCACUAACUUUACUUCACAAAAUGUUACUCCAAAACCCAUUCUCUUCACCAAUCUCUUCUCCUUAGCCCUCACUGUUACCUUAAAUUCUCCAUUGCCUUCCUUGGCUAUCCCUUCUCUUAACUCUCAGCCUCCCCUUCUCUCUCCUACAACCCCAUUUUCUCAGUCCAAGAACUUGCAGAUUGGGCUAGAAAAUGGGAAAAUUAGGCCUUGCCCGUCAACAAACCCAGGUUGUGUUUCAACGAAUCCGCAAUCUUCAUCAUUUUCAUUCCCAUGGAGGAUUCCUGAGAAUGAUACAGAGAAUGCAAUUCAGAAGUUAGAGGAAGCAAUCCUGAAAACGCAGAGAAAUGCCAAGAUUCAAGUCAUUGAAGAUACCCCAAAUGGGAAAUAUUUACAAGCUGAGGUUGAUGGAGGGUUUGAUCCGGAUGUCCUUGAGUUUUUGGUAAGAGGAGAUGUAGUUGCGUAUAGGACUAUGGCCACAAAAGUAACCUAUGUCUACCCUUUCACAACAGCAUUUGGGGAUUCAAAAGGACAAGAAGAAAGAAUGAAGAAAAUCUUGAACGAAUUAGGCUGGUAUGCUCCAAGUUUUGAUUCCAUGGAUUAGAUUUAUGUUAUAUUUUAUGUGAAACAACAUAAUUAAAUUUAGUCAUUUUAAUUACACAAUAUUCAUUCAGAUGUUUUGUUGUUAUUGACCUGAUAUUUUAUUGCAAAAGACACAAGUCUCGGCUAGUAGAGACUGCAGUUU